GGUUUAAUCUUCACUCCCAAGAGCUAGCGGACACACCACCAUUUUGGGGUGUCCUGCUCUUAUAACAGUGAAAUUUCCGCACAAAACUCCAUGAAAGCCACCUUAUUUGAUCCAAUUAUUCAAACACCUAGAAUUCAAAGACUCCCCAACUCCUAUUUCUAUACCUUCCCCAUUGAUCACAAAACCCAUUUCCAUUUUUGCGUAAAAAAUGGAUCUUGAUGAGUGGGAAUACCUCCCUGAUGAUGGGUUUCUUGAUUAUCAUGAAGAUGGUCAUGCGAAUAAGAUCUUCCCCAGCAAGAGGAAUUCAGAUGCAAAAAGUGUUUUCAACAUGAACUAUUUCAUUUGCCCAUCACCACCAAAAUCAAGGAAAAUCACAGAGCCUCAACCUACUGGGAAUCCAAGGGUGCCUAAUCAACUUGUUCCUGUUCCAAUUCAGUUGGAACCAGGAAUUGGCAAAGCCCCAGAGGAUGAACUGGUGAAAGAGAAGAUCAGUAAGGUACCUAUUGAGAUUACUGUUGUGCCAUCAGCUUUCAGUGGGAAGAUCAUACCUCCUCUACCAAAUAGUGGAGUUUCAGAAGCUGAUCAGGAAACGAUCUCCCAAGUUUUCUUCAAGAAAAUGAAGGAAAAUGAAUUUGUCGACAUGAAAAUGGACUCACCACCAAAGUCCCCUACUAGAGGAUUUGUUCCUCAAAUUGAUUCUGGUAACUUUCACUUUGAUGGUAAAGAUGAUCAGGGUAUGGAAAACAUGAGCUCUCCAAGAAUGAAAUUUGACAAAGAGAUGGUGACGAGCAAGAAAAACAGCUUGGAAGGAGAUGUCAAAGAGGAGGUGAACUGGGAUGGUGAUAAUAAUGGUGGACACAAUAUAUGGAAAUGGAGCGUCACAGGAAUUGGAGCCAUUUGCUCUUUUGGUAUUGCUGCUGCUACAAUUUGCAUUCUGUUUUUUGGAAGCCAAGAGAGAAACAAUAAUCAACAACAGAACCAGAAACUCAGGUUCCAGAUCUAUACUGAUGACCAGAGAAUUAACCAAGUGGUGCAUCGUGCAACCAAAAUAAAUGAAGCAAUCUCAGCAUCUAGAGGAGUACCUCUUAACAACAGAGCACACAUAACCUAUGGUGGUUACCAUGAUGGUCUUUGAAUCACUGCCUUCAACAAUUUGGGAAUUUGAUAAGAUAUCUGUAUCGGUCCUAUAUUAUAUAAUCUGCCCUUUUUUUUGUUGUUUUGCACAUAGAAUAAUUGUAUGGAAUGCUUGUGUAGAUACUCUUGGUCUUGCUUGUACCAUAGAUUCCUUAUGCUCCUUCAAAUAUACCUGCAUAUUAUAAGUUGGGAUUUUUUUUUCCUUUUUUGGUAUAAUUAUAAGCUGUCAAUUUCCUUUGAUA